UAUCCCGGCAUUCCUGGACACCAGUGGUUCAAUUGUAAGCUCCACAACGGGCGCCUCCUGAUGACGCAUACGGAAGCGUCGUCGACACCGCCUGGAGAAGGAGGGACCUGCGCAGCUCCUCACCCGAGGCCAACGGCGGCGGUGUUUACGGCCCGGGUCGGACAGCUCUCGGGUAGUCUCGGACGUGAGGCCGGAGGCUCCAGUCCCUGCGGAUUCCGUAAGGGCAGUUUCCGAGAAGUACAUGUUCAUCCUGUCCCGGCUUGCGUUUGGCCAACUCCCUGUGCGGCUGCUCCGACAGUGAACAGUGGCAGGUAAUGGCCCGUAUUCCUCCUCCCAGAUGCCCAUCCAGCCUCCAGGUAAAGAAACAGAAGAGAUGGAGGCAGAAGGCGACUCGGCUGCUGAGAUGAACGGGGAGGCAGAUGAGAGUGACGAGGAGCGGAGUGGCAGCCAGACUGAGUCAGAGGAGGAGAGCUCAGAGAUGGAUGAGGAGGACUAUGAGCGACGCCGCAGUGAGUGUGUCAGUGAGAUGCUGGACCUGGAAAAGCAGUUCUCGGAGCUGAAGGAGAAGCUCUUCAGGGAACGGCUGAGCCAGCUGCGCUUACGGCUGGAGGAAGUGGGGGCCGAGAGAGCCCCAGAAUACACAGAGCCUCUUGGAGGGCUGCAGCAGAGCCUGAAGAUCCGCAUUCAGGUGGCAGGGAUCUACAAGGGCUUCUGUCUGGAUGUGAUCAGGAACAAGUAUGAGUGUGAGCUCCAGGGAGCCAAACAACACCUGGAGAGCGAGAAGCUGCUGCUGUAUGACACACUGCUUGGGGAGCUGCAGGAGCGGAUCCAGAGGCUGGAGGAGGACCGCCAGAGCCUGGACAUCAGCUCUGAGUGGUGGGAUGACAAACUGCAUGCCAGAGGCAGCUCAAAGACCUGGGACUCACUGCCACCCAGCAAGAGGAAGAAGGCCCCGCUCGUGUCUGGCCCAUAUAUUGUGUACAUGCUGCAGGAGAUCGACAUCCUGGAAGACUGGACAGCUAUCAAAAAGGCCAGGGCAGCAGUGUCCCCUCAGAAGAGGAAAGCAGAUGGACCCUGACCCUGCAUUUACACUCAGAGGGUCCUUGGAGCAGCUGGUACCAUACACAGGACUAACAUUGCUCUGCAAAGGCAGGGGUUACCUAGCAGCCCUCCAGUGUUACUGCUGUCCCCUGACCUUCUGCCACCACUGGCCUGGACUCCUCUACUCUCCUUGGGAUCUGUAUAACUGUGGCCCUGAAGCUGACCUGGUCAAGCAAGACUGUUGUCUCUAUCACUCACCAGCCCAACCCCUCCCAAAGAGUAACUUCCUCAGUGUCCCCAACAAAGAAGAUGGGCCUCAUCCAGAGUCAAUGCAGCAACCAUCCUGACUUUGAAUCCUGGCCCUCAGCCACUGAGCCAGGAGCUGGGCCCCACUGCAAGAGGGACUCUUGAGCCAGAAACAUGUUGGGUCUUGCCCAUCUAACUGCCACUGGGCAUGAAGAUUUCCCAGGCUUUCUCAGGGCCAUUCCUGGUGUCUGCCUCCCAGAUUCCAAAGACUGUAAUAAAAUUUAUCCUGGGACCUUGA